CUUCCCACAGAUCUUAACAAUCGCCGACGAACAUUUAAAGCAACAACUUUUGAUAUUUCAAAAACGGAUCGGUCAAGGACACUUUGGUCCAUUCCAUCUAUUUUUCUCAGUUUAAAUAUUACCAUUCCACUGCCGGAGUAUUUCAUGCACUUUUUGUUUGUUUUUAUUUUUCUUCGUUUUUGUUUUUGUUUUUGUUUGAUAUAUAUAUAUAUAUGCCGGAUUGAGGAGAACACAAGGAGAUUUGGAGCGCUUGUCUCAUUUUGAGUUUAUAAGGUGUCAGAAACCAGAAGGUUGUUUGGUUCUUGAGAAACUUGUGAGGGAUCUUGGGUCGUGGUGGUUUUUCGUUCGAAGGUGAUUGGGAGAGAUGGGUUUCUUUAGCACUAUAUUCGGUUUUUUUGGAUUUGGAGUUGGGAUUUCGAUGGGUCUUGGGAUUGGUUAUUACCUCUUCAUCUACUUCCAGCCUACUGAUGUUAAGGAUCCUGAAAUCCGUCCACUGGUUGAGCUAGACUCAGAAACUUUGCAACGGAUGCUUCCUGAGAUACCACUAUGGGUGAAAAAUCCAGACUAUGAUCGUGUUGACUGGCUAAACAAGUUUAUUGAAUACAUGUGGCCUUAUCUUGACAAGGCCAUUUGCAAGACUGCCAAGGAUAUUGCCAAGCCAAUAAUUGAGGAGCAAACUCCCAAAUAUAAAAUUGAUUCCGUUGAAUUUGAGACACUGACGUUAGGGUCGCUGCCACCAACUUUUCAAGGUAUGAAAGUUUAUGUCACUGAUGAGAAGGAGCUGAUUAUGCAACCAUCAAUAAAGUGGGCUGGAAAUCCUAAUGUUACCGUUGCAGUAAAAGCAUUUGGAUUGAAGGCAACUGCUCAGGUCAUAGAUUUGCAAGUAUUUUUGGCACCACGUAUCACACUGAAGCCCUUGGUUCCAAGUUUUCCCUGUUUUGCUAAAAUCUACGUAUCACUAAUGGAGAAGCCUCAUGUUGACUUUGGGCUAAAGCUAAUGGGGGCUGACCUUAUGUCAAUUCCUGGCCUGUACAGGUUUGUUCAGGAGCUUAUCAGAGAUCAGGUUGCCAACAUGUAUUUAUGGCCCAAAACCCUAGAAGUAGGAAUUUUGGAUCCAGCAAAAGCCUCUAGGAGACCUGUUGGAAUACUCCAUGUGAAGGUUCUGAGGGCAAUGAAGCUAAAAAAGAAAGAUCUUCUUGGUGCAUCAGAUCCAUAUGUGAAACUAAAGCUUACAGAAGAUAAAGCUCCAUCAAAGAAAACAACUGUGAAGCACAAGAACUUGAACCCUGAGUGGAAUGAGGAAUUUAAUAUUGUUGUCAGAGACCCACAGACUCAGGUUUUAGAGCUGAAUGUUUAUGACUGGGAGCAGGUUGGCAAGCAUGAUAAGAUGGGUAUUAAUGCCGUUCCUUUGAAAGAUCUCAUUCCUGAAGAGCCAAAAGUUAUGACUCUUGAUCUCCUUAAAACCAUGGACCCAAAUGAUCCUCAGAAUGAUAAAUCACGUGGCCAGAUUGAUGUUGAAUUAUUGUAUAAACCCUUCAACGACGAUGACUUGCCAAAAAGCUUUGAGGAGUCAAAGACCAUGCCGAAAGCUCCUGAGGGUACACCUGCUGGUGGAGGUCUGCUUGUAGUCAUAAUCCAUGAAGCUCAAGAUGUUGAAGGAAAGCACCACACAAAUCCAUAUGUCCGGAUUCUUUUCAGAGGGGAGGAGAGGAAAACUAAGUAUAUAAAGAAGAAUAGAGAUCCAAGAUGGGAAGAGGAGUUUACAUUCUCAUUGGAAGAACCCCCCAUCAAUGAUAAACUGCAUGCAGAAGUUCUUAGCACCUCUUCAAGGAUGGGUAUCCUGCAUCCAAAGGAAUCCCUAGGUUAUGUUGACAUCAGUCUUUCAGAUGUUGUUAACAACAAAAGGAUCAACGAGAGGUACCAUCUCAUAGACUCAAAGAACGGGCGGAUCCAGAUUGAAUUGCAAUGGAGAGCAGCAGCUUAAGCAAACCGUUCCUUCCCCUGUUCCUUUUCUUGUUCAUGUUACUUCAAUUUUUAGAAUUUACACUGCUCAUUCUGCCAUAAACUUCUUGUUCAUGUACAUUGGUUGUAACAAUAGUAGCCAUGUCCAUUGUAAUUUGAGCUUUGUCUUUUUUUCCUUUUAGCGCUUUGUUUUCCUUGUGUACUUUUGAGGCUUGAUCACAUGAAAGAAUAUGCUUAGAACAAAAUUGAAGGGUUCCA